UUAAACUCUUACUACAAUGUGGUUUCUGAAAGGUUGAUAAACGAGUGGGUUCUAAAAGCAUUCAUGAAACUGGAAACGAGUUGACUUUGGAAUAUGGUUUAAUUAUUACCUGCUUCCAUUAUCAUCAUCACCAUCAUCAUAAAUGUCUAGAAAAGUCUAUGAUGUAAAAGUAUAUAUUACGUGUGAUGCUUUUUUAUAUGUACACAAAGCUGAAGUUUGUUGACAAGAAAAGACUGUUAUAGCUAGCUAAGAAAGCAAGUCAGCCAUGGAAAGAACUCUCUUUCACCUAUUCCUUGUUUUGUUAGGGUUUUCUCAUAUUAUAAGCUUGAAUGCAGUCUCGGUUACAAGAAUCGAAAGCUUGGUGCAUGGACCUCAAGUUCAUCAUGUUCCAGAGAAUCCUCACCCGGUAAUUGCAGAGAAAAGUUCAAAGGAAGGAAGGGUUUUUAUGGAGUUGAAUGAUUAUCCAGGUUCAGGAGCUAAUAAUCGUCACACUCCAAGGCCACAAUUUGGCAGAUGUGCCGAUUGUUGAGUGUAGAUGUAUGUUUUCUCAUAGUAUAAUCCUUUAAAAACAAUGCUUUUGGUCCAUAAUCUCUCAUUUUAUUGCUUCUUAAAUUUGUUUCUUUGUUUCUUGUCUGUUUUCAGAGUUGGGAAGUAAGUUUCUGGCAAUAGCAUGAAUGUUUAGAUACUUUAAAACCAA